AUGGCGGAUCUUAAAACGUAUGAUGUACCCCAGGAGGGUAGGAUCGAAAUCGAUCCAGAAUCCCUCCCUGCUAUUGCGGGCUGCCCCACGGAUUCUGGGGGGGGGGGCAACGAAACGCCGAAUAAAAAAAGUGACACCCAGGUCAAUAUAUUUAGGAAGAGUACGAAGUUAAAAAGGACUCCACCUAGUAGACGAGACGAGAGUGAAAAGUCUGCACUGGAGAUGAAGGAAGCCGGGAAAUCGCUGGGCGACCAGGCUGUGUUACCGGUUGAGGAGACUGGGAGGAUGGGGAAGAAGAAGAGGAGGAGGCACCGAGAAGGCGCUGAAAUCUUCGAGACAGCACAGAGGUUGAGGGAGGCAAGACAGAGGAGGAUGGAAGAGGAAAAGGAGGACGCCGGUAAGCCUACGAAAGAUGAAAGUAGGGAAAAACAGAAGGAAGAGAUGGAAACAUCCGAGGCACAGAAGCCCACAGAAGACAAAACGAUAAGAGGAAAGCAAAUUGUAACGAGCUCCCCGAAAGUAGAACAGAAAUACGUGGAUAUGGGUAUAUCUGGGCAAGAGGAAAUUGUGUCACCGGAAGAGUCGUUAUCGGAUUGGUUCUUUGACUUCGCAGUGGGAACAAACCCGAGCAAGCGAAAGAGAGUUGAAACUCCCAAGAACCUGAGUAUAAAAAAAGAGAGCCUGGAUAACCUAAUAGUGAAUAUGACCGAGAUUGAAGAAGAGUUAACAAAGCUGCUUAAUACAGAAGCUGUAAUAAAGGAAACGAUGAUGAAGGAGUUAAAAAGGAUAAGAGACCUGAUAACAGAGGAGAUAUUCGAAGCGAAGAGAAUAGGAGAGCAAUAG